AUGCCCCUGAAAGUCGUCAUUGUUGGUGCAGGGCUUGCGGGCCUGGCUGCCGCCAUUGCUCUUCACCAAUCCGGCCAUGAUGUCGUGGUCCUUGAGCAAUCCCGGUUCCAGAACGAAGUUGGAGCAGCAAUAAGCAUGGCUCCAAAUGCGACCCGCAUUCUAAAGAGUCUGGAUGUCGAUCUGGAAGCUCUGCAGGCUGUGCACUGCAACGGUGCAUGGUCUUGGGAUGCGCUGGGCAACCGCCUUGGGAAAGAAAUUAUAACCAAGGACACCCAGGAAGCAUUGCAUAUGUCUGACAGCUGGUUGCUCACCCACCGAGUCGAUUUACACAACGCCCUCCGUGACGCGGCGGCAAAGAAGGUUAAUGGCAAGCAAAUUGAUAUCAGGCUUGCGUCUCGAGUUGCAUUGGUGGAUAGUGAGUUAGGGCUCGUCAAGCUAGAAGACGGGACCGUGUACACGGGUGACUUGAUUGUCGGUGCCGAUGGGGCUCACUCGAGAUCAGUUAGUGCCGUCACCGGCGAGGAACCGACGAAAGAAAGCACGGGGCAGAACUGCUUCCGAUUCCUUAUCCCGGUUCCUAAAUUGCGCGCAAACCCUUUGACGGCUGCGCUUCUGGACAAGAUAGGCCUGGAUGGCGUCAAAGCAUUCAUUGCACCAGAUCGUCGCCUGGUGAUGUACCCAUGCCGCCAAGGAACUCUGCUGAACUGCGCAGGGAUUCACCCUGCAGACUCUUCAACAAUGGCGAAGUACUCUUCCUGGCUGGAUUCUGGGAGUGUGGAUAGCCUCGUCAACACAUUCCAGGGAUUCUCCCCAGAGCUGCAGGAGCUAUGCCGCCUCGCCGAAGACAUGAAACUAUGGAGCCUGGCAUCUCGUCGCCCUCCACAGACCUUCGUCAAGGGCAAGCUCGCACUGAUCGGAGACGCGGCACAUCCAAUCCUACCCCACCAGGGCCAAGGCGGUGCCCAAGCUUUCGAGGACUGUGCGGCUCUGGGUACCCUCUUCCCACCUGAUGUAGUUCCAGAGCAAGUUAGCCAGCGACUCUCCCUGUACAACGAGACCCGCUAUGCCCAUGCCGUGACCGUAAUGUUGAUGUCCCAGGUGCCCGAUGAGCGCCGGAGAGAGAUGUUGGAGACUCUACGGACCUAUGUCCCUGACGCUGAAAUGCCAGAGAACAUGAUAGCCUUCACUUGGAGUUCGUAUCCUGCUCGAAAGGCUGAGAUGUUGUUGGCGGCUGCGUGA